AUGUCGAAGUAUCAGCUCUAUUUGCUGAGCUUUCGUCUGGAUUCGUCCAGGAACCACGAAUUCGACAAAGCUGAGCUGUGCAUUUUGGUGGACAUCAUGCAGAUCCCUGAAGUGAUAACACGUGAGCGAACGCACGCCACAGCGAUGGAGGCUCUGUGCGUUGAUCUGUACAGACGUCUAUGCUGA